AUGGUUGAAUUGAUUGAUAAAUUCAAAGCUAAUUUUGAGGAGGGAAAAAGAGGAAUCGUUGAAAAAGAUAUUUGUUUAGAUCCUUGUGCAGGAACAGGAGGUUUCUUACUAGCUUUUAUGAAGCAUCAGAUUAGGGAAUACAAUAACAAAGAAGAAGCUAAGGAAAAUUUAAUUGGUAUCGAAAGGCAUCCGGGGAUGUUUGUUCUUUCUGUAGCUAACAUGUUAAUUCAAGGAGACGGCAAAGCUAAUCUAGAACAAGGAAAUUGUCUUGUCAAGCAAGAAAUUUCUAAAAAACCAAGCAUUGGUUUAAUGAAUCCCCCUUACUCUGAUCCAAAACAACCAGAAAUUAAAUUUGCCGAACAACUAUUAAAAUUUGUGAAAAAUGGUUGGGCAGCGAUGAUUGUGCCUACUUCUACUUUUACUAAUAAAUCUGAAUUAAAUAAAGACAUCAAAGAAAAAAUUUAUAAGCAAAAUACUCUCAAGGCUGUUAUCCAAAUGCCAAGCCAGUUAUUUUAUCCUCUUAGUGUUCCUACUCAAAUUGUUAUCUUUCAAACUGAAAGUUCUCAUCAACAAGGAGACAAGGACGACGAGGAGAACGAAAAGGCAAAAUACUCUCUGGUUGUUACUGAUGUUAGUGUCAAGGAUGAUUGGAGUUUUCAUUACCAACAAAAAAAACAAAUUGAAAAGGAUUUCACCGAACUAUUUAUUGUUAAUCCUAGAUAA